AGGCCAUACUGUAGGAGCAGCCAUGAUGACAGACUGUAAGCUGCUGAUGAAAGCAAGCCUCCCGGCAGCACAUUUACACAGUCAUCCUUUCUUUGGCGUGCACAAACCAGAGCUUAUCAGUGCCUGUGUGAAGGUGGAGGGCCCCCCGGCUGCAGGGGCUUUUCGGGAGCGCCCUUCCAAACCGACCACCUUUCGCAAGUUCUAUGAGCGUGGAGAGUUCCCGAUGGCACUGAUGCAUGACACCAAGGGCAACCGCAUUGCAUGGAAGGUGGAGAUCGAGAAGCUGGACUACCACCACUAUCUGCCUCUGUUCUUUGAUGGCUUAUGUGAGACCGUUCAUCCGUACGAGUUCUUUGCCCGCCAGGGAGUCCAUGACAUGUUGGAGCACGGAGGCCCCAAGAUUCAACCCGUCAUUCCCCAGCUCAUCAUGCCCAUCAAGAAUGCCCUGAACACCAGGAACCGUCAGGUGAUCUGCACCACCCUGAAAGUCCUGCAGCAUUUGGUGGUGUCCGGAGACAUGGUGGGAGAGGCUCUGGUGCCUUACUACAGACAGAUCCUCCCCAUUUUCAACAUCUUCAAGAACAUGAAGAUCAACUGCGGAGAUUCCAUCUACUACGGCCAGCAGAAGAGAGAGAACAUCGGAGACCUGAUCCAGGAGACUCUGGAGGUGUUUGAGCGCUACGGAGGGGAGGAUGCCUUCAUCAACAUCAAAUACAUGAGGAAGAGGCUUCUGCCAGUAAAAACCUUGUGAACCAAGAACACUGAUGAGUCUGCAAUCCCCCUAGCUGCUGAAUCCCCCUAAAUCUUGCGCACUGUUCCUUUAAAUAUAAAUAAAGUCUGCUAAAAUCUUACAUCGUGAUUUCCUGUCUAGGUUUGUGAGGAUUCUUGUGCGUGUGUGUGUGUGUGUGUGUGUGUGUGUGUUAAGAUCCCAAAGUAGACCACACCACAGGAUCAAUCCUCCUCUGAACAGAUGUGAUCAAUGAGGAUUCUCCCCCUCUCUCUGUCACUCUCCUUCACCCACUUUCUCUGUUCUUCCUUCCUCUUCUUCCUCUCCUACAGGUCUUAUCGCUUGCAAACACUCAUUUCUUUCCCCGCUACGGGCUGGCGGGCGUGCACAAACAGGCAAACGAGCAAGUAAACAAAUACAGGCAUCUUCAGUAGGAGCGGGGAUGGAUCCACACUGUUAACAAUUGGCGGGGACAGAUGUAGCAUCGGCUGGACUUCUUUAAGCUGUAUUGACACCUGUGUGUUCUCCACAAGGGACGAAAUGAGGAAGGAGGAGUGGGCGAAACCUUGUUUACCCUCGGCCUGUUUAAGUGCCCCGCGCUGUAAAAUGGCAGAGUGUUUUUCUGUGUCAUUUCCUCCUGUUGAUUGAUGAUUAGCAGGUUCGAGGUGGGACUUUAGAGGUUUUCCCAUCAGAGCCUUCCACCACAAGUGGCUCCAGCUGUCACCCCUCUCUUUCCCCAAUCCCUCGCUCCCCCCAGACUGAGCGCCAACAGGCAGGCCAACAGGCAUUUCCAUCACCAGAUUGCCAAACCACUGGAGCAUCCAGACUACAACACCCAAGGUGACCUUUAACAAAAUAGAGAAUGGUGAAUGGCUGUGGUGGCGAGAAUAGAAUGUUAUUGGAAACACAGGAAUACUGGAGCUUCAGAUUGGAUUGUGAUAGAUUUUUCCUCUUGCCGCUCCAUAUUGUAGCACUCCUCCAGGUGACACUUCCUCCUGUAGUGUGUGAAUAGUAUAUACUCUUUCUCAUGCAAAGUCUAAUUUGUGAGGGAUAAAAAGAAAACAAGCCUCAACAACAGACGAGUCUCCUCACUUUCACUGAACUUACUGCCUUUCCUGGUCCACUUAGUAUCCAUUUCCCAUCUCUUGAUAAUUCUACAACCCCAAAUGCACCAAAACCUGUGAAAACACACUGACAUGUAGCUCUAGCUCAGUUCUAACUAUGCCAGCUAGGUUAAAAAAUGCAUCUUCUUGAACCGUUUUGACCCUCCUUAACCCUGUAAUCCAGUCAGCAGGUAGGUAUCAAAUAUAACAUGAUGGAUAGAGGUCUCCACGCCCCCACACCAAACCCCCUCUCUCACAGCUUGAAUUGGACCCACCGCAUUGUGGAUGUUUUUGGUCCUGGAGAGACAGCUUUACCCAAAUCCAGACUAAGGCUAAGACGAAGGCAUCUUAUCAAAAUGCUAUUGUGUUUUAGUGUGGACACACGGAGCUGGGGACUUUUGAAAAUCCAUCCAUCCAUCCAUUUUCAUCCGCUUGUCCAGGGCCAGGUCGCAGGGGCAGCAGGCCAAGCAAAGCACCCCGGACGUCCCUCUCCCCAGCAACACUUUCCAGCUCCUCCUGAGGGACCCCAAAGUAUUCCCAGAUCAGAUGAGAUAUGUAAUCCCUCCAGCGUGUCCUGGCUCUGCCCCGGGGCCUCCUACCAGCAGAACGUGCCUGGGACACCUCGAACAGGAGGCACUCAGGAGGCAUCCUGAUCAGAUGCCGGAACCGCCUCAACUGGCUUCUUUCAACACAAAGCCACGCUCGCUUCUUGACUGGGUCUUAUCAGUUACAGCAUGUCAAGCCAAAACAUUCGACUAGGUCUUUAUACCUUUUCUUAUUUCAUCCUUCUUGUAUUGGUACUCAUUUCCCAUUGCCAUGGUUUCCUCCAGUGACAGAUAACGCUCCUGGCAUCGCUCUGACAUGUCAUCGUAUUUGCUUUGUAACGACUCCCAAUCUAUGUUUGAAGUAGUCUCUUACACAGACGCUGAUGACAUCAGCAUGUUGGCUGACUCUGUCGUCUGUGGACAUUCCUAUAGGAAAGUUGUAAUAGAACUAGCACUGGCUCCCAGCGGCAGUGAUGUGAUUGGAUCCAAAUCCAUGUACUUCUGUACUUCCUCGACCAACGGCUGAUUAGCUUUGCCUUACACCCGCCUACACCGAAAUUGCUGUUCCCCGAAUUGUUGUCCGUAGUACAGCAGAAAAGGAAGUGUUUAGUGCAUCGCAAGAAGAGAUUAAAAUGGAUAUGAUUUCAUUAGAUUCAGCUAUAUUACAGAGCUGCAACGUCUCUGUUACAUGUAACACAUGUGCCGCACCUAUGGCAACGCCGUUAUGUGGUCUGGAUAUCCCCGCCCAUUUCUAUUACAAAACGAAAAACGAAUGUCCCUAGACUCCCAUUCUGAAGUAUGGGAGGCUAGUCACGCAAGACUCUGUUUGAAGCCGCCUUGAUGGCCUUAGGUCCCAGGUCCACAUAGCAUUGUUUUCUGAGCAUCUUUUUUGUGUUGUACCCAAUAAGGAAAAAACACCUGCAGCCACCCUGGGAAAAAACGCCACACCCAGCAUAGUUUUUCAGAGCACUUUGGCUUUUUUGUGUGACCGCUCUGAGCGCUUCUAGUCAAAAAUCUUUGAAUUUUUCAGACAGGCACUGAUGUUGUCACAGCCACUCCUUCAGCUACUGUCUGUCCUGAGCCGUAUGAUAUGCCAGUCAGAAAUGAUCACGACCAAGACAGAAAAGCCCAUCUGUUGGAGCAGAUAUGCCAAACACUUAAUGUUGUGCUUCUAUCACAGCACGUUGUAAGCUUGUGAGUAGGUGUAUUCAGCCCUCUGUUAACAUAGCAUUGUGUUAGCUACCUAGCUAAUGUAAAUGUCAAGAUAUUCUUGUGACAGAAACAAAACCCGGGAUGAGCACAUGAUCCCCUGCCGCCACUUUUCUGCCAAAGUAAAGCGCUAUGGGGAAACAAGCGUCAUGAGUUACUUUGUCAUUGGUCUAUGCAAAGAAAUCUCUACUCUUACUUUCCGCAAUCGCUCUUCUUCCUCUGUAUUAUAUUUUUAUAUCUAAUCAACCAGCUGCAGAGAAGACAGUCUGCUUCCUGUUUACCCUGGCGUGUGCAUGCCCCGUGUGCAUGGAUGGUUAUUAUGUGAGCAGCAUUUUCAGUAUGGACGAAAGUUAUUUCUGAAUUUGUGCUGAAACGGUAGUGCGUACGGAGAUUGUUUUUAUUUUAAAACACUGCUUUUAAAAGUAAAACAUACUGGAGUGGAUGCAAGCUGAGAUCACAUCCACGCUAGACCAGCAAAAAAAAAAAAAAAUCUUUUUCAGGUUUUCCAUUCACACUAACUUCCCUGAACACCAGGAAAAUGGCUAAAUCUGUUCAUCUUUGUUCUCUUUACGUUGGCAAAACACACAGUUAUGCAUAACAACAGACAUUUGGUAAUGGGUGGGGCCAACACAGCCUCUCUUCUAUCACUUCCUGCUCUCCGUGAUCACCUAUAAUGUGUUUCAGUGCAACCAAAGUCACAAUUUAUCUUUUAUCAUUUACAUAGUUUCCUGUUUUGCGUCGUCAGACAACUGAAAGAGCAUGAAGUAGUGAUUCGAUCUCAUAAAUGCUACCUGUUAGCAACUGUGAAUAGUAAUUCCUGCACUGCUGCACUGGGACUUGAUUGAUCGUUGAGUUUUUAUGAUUGCAAAGUCGUCCGAAUAAACAUAGAUACAGUUAAAUGGCAACAACUCUAAUGUGCGAUCAUUAUAUUGACAUAUAAAACAAGUGCUCACAAAGAGGCAUAGAGGCCCUUAAAUGUGCUGAUUAGAUCUACGACACCGCUAAAGUACAUCUACAGAGGGAAGGGAAAUUGUCCCACCAUAGCUUUCACUAACUCAUCCUUCCUCUUCAUCCUCAUCGUCUACAAUUCUUACUUCGGGUGCUUUCAAGACAAAUAAAUAAUGUUCAGUCACUGACUAUAACAAAUGCAUGCGCAAACAAGUAUGAGAGCAACAGUGCAUGAACACGAGCACGAAUAGGGCAUUUGUCAUGUCAUGCUUAUGAUACGAGUUAAAAUGAAUUAUAGGUACAUUAUGUAUUUCUCUGUAUAUGCUCUGUAUAUGCUGUGGUUGCUAGAAGGACAUUUAUUUCUGUUGCGCUGUGCUCACACCUUCCUCAAAAUGUAAAUGACCCAGAUUCUGCCAGCACUUUUUCCCCCCACAGUCCCCAAACUAGUAAGCCAAAAGAAAAAGGGAAAGAUGUUGUUCUUGUUUGUAUGUAUGCGUGUUAUCAGAGCCUUUGGGCCUCUGUUCGCCUCCUCCAGAGCUACAGUCGUUAUCGCAGACAGCCUUGCCUCGACAGAGUAACCAGCUCCCACUCACUUUCCUGCGGCUGUGGCCCCCGAGGCGGGCUGCAACCAGCUACAGGGCCCCUACCGAGGGCCCCAUUGUCUCCAGCAGCAUACUUUCAGUGGAAAACCCAGGGCGCUCUCCAAGCUCAUUGUGAGCGAGCUAACAGCCUCUCUUCAAAAGGGGCUAAACGCAUGUUCAUUAAUUAUCUGGAUCCUUGUUAAUUGGAUUAAUUGUUGAAUAGAAACCGUGUUAUUAAAAAUGACGAAAACACAAGGGCAGGGGGAGCAAAAGGGGGGAUUAAUAUCGUUUCUGUUUACUCUCGGGCUGUCAGAAGACACUAGCACACACACGCACACACACAUCUGAGUAUGCUCUGCCUGUCUAACGGCGCGUCUCUCUCUAUCUCUAACUCCGAGUUUCUAUUUCACACACACAUCAACACACGCACACAGCAGCCGUAUGUGACCCAACUCAGAAGAAUGAGCGCUAGGCAAGGUGCAAAUUACCAUGCACACCACUGAGAUAAGAACUAAACCCAUUUUCAAAGCUCAGAAUAAAUGCCAGAUUCUUUUUGAUGCAAGAAGUCUGUGACUUUUUCCAGCGUUUAUAUUCAAAGAAUAAGGGACGGAGAAAAAAAAAUGAAACAUAAAGUCAACACUAUGAACAAUUUAGCUAUCUGUCCAAGUCACAUGAAAAAUGGGGUUUCUCAUUCCCCCUGCCUAGCUGCACACUCUUAUCUCCCAAAAUCACUUAUCAGUGUUUGACUUCAAGGGAUGUUUUAUCGUUCUGGCUUUAAGAUGGCACGCUGAUACUGCAGACCAUUUGGAUGUCGGGGCUAAUAUUACAUGUCCUGUAACUGGUAGAUGUGCAACUGACGAGCCAUAAUGCCAAAACCUUAUAGCUGUGUGUCCUGUGGUCACCGGUUGAAAUCGUGACAAUCAAAUGGCAAAUAACAGAUUUGGUAAAGGGGCACUUCAGGUGUUACGCUGUUGGUAUUUUUCAACCUGAACCCUAUUUUCCAAUGUUUUAUGCCUAAGUGACUAAUUGGAGCAACAGUAUUUGAAACUGGUGCAAUAUUGAGCAAGAGGGCUGCAGGGUAAUCACUUCACUAUCAAUUUGUGUCCACAAAAUUUGCUUGUUUUUGCCACUGAUAGGCUCAUAUUGUUAUUCGAAGUGUCUGAUAACAUUACGGAAAGAAUCCCUACAGAGAUAGACCUUUUUGUUUAGGAAUAAGAUCCUUUUUUUACCCAGAAACAGCCAAGAAAUCACCAUGGUCAAACACACCAGACUCCAUUAAAAAAAAACAGUAAUUUUAGAGUGCGUAUCACCAGCAUGUUUUCACAUCAAACAUUGUGAUUUAAAGGUUUAUUUCCACCAAACCAGAGUUGGUGCUUGUUGGAACGGUGAAAAGACGAACCAAGACGGGUUUUGUGAGUAUUAUUUUGUUUUUAUCCACUUUGAAUGAAGUGUGUCAUACAAUGGUAAAAUUAUUGAUUAUUUAAAUAGAGUCUGGUGAGUUUGGUGAUGAAGAUUUGGGGGCUGUGUCUGGUUAAACAAAAAGAAUCUUACUCUUGAACUGUAGGGAUCCUUUUACACUUAUUGACAGACACUUAUUAAAUCAAUAUGAGCCUGUCAGUGGCAGCCCAUUUCAUAGCUGCCAGCUAUCUUUCAAAAACUGUUGUUCCUAUAAGUCACUGAGAAACAAAACCAUGGAAAUAUAGGGUCCAGGUUGGAAAAAAUAAACUAAAGUUACUCUUUAAAUCUAACCAAGGAACAUGUUAUUCAUUUUAAAGCACAGUUGGCAGUAACAAACAAAAGUCCAAACUGAAAUAGAAGUUUAACAAAUAAUCAUUUCUAUAAACCAGGUGUCUGAGACUCAUCUGAACCUCGACAGUAAUUAUAGCAUUAACAUACUGUAGCUAUAUGUAGACGCUGGCUGAAGGGCAGAGAAACAGGAUCUAGUAAAUGUGUUGCAUUGGUUGUUAAGGCAACCAUAUCUGUCUCCUGCUUUGAUGUGGAGGCUCUUGUCGCCUGCUGCAUUGCCAAACGCUGUUAUCUUGGACCGGAUUGCAAAUAUUUUUGUGGGGGGAUAUGUGGUUUUUCUUUUUGUGUGUGAGCAAGUUUGUAUGUGGUAAGUGUGUGUCUGUUGAGUUAAUGACAGAGAGACACAGUUGUCUAAUUAAACUUGUCCCAAGACGUCACCAGAUCUAGUUAGUCGUCUCCGAUCAAGUUAUUGGACAUGCCGCACUAAUACUAAGAGCCUGGACUUAAUUUGCUACCCUCGAUACCAACACAGUGGCGACAAACUGCAGCCAGAAGGUCAUAGUGCAGCUGUUUGAGCAUUCAUGCACCCAGCAUGGGGACUACUUUUACAAAGACAUGAGUGGGUGAGCAGUAAGUGGACAAACUGAAUGACGGCCAAGGUCAGGGCUCAGAUUUUAGCCAGGCCCCUCUCAGCCAACAGCUGUUAAAAUCAAAACGGAGCAGUUGUGGUUUAUUUUCACACUAUGCAGGAUGUGAGAAACCGGAGGUAGCCGGUGUGUGUGUUCCAUUGAUCAGGGAUGUUAAUCUUCGGAGGAUAUGUAGAAAGGUCCUCCCAAGGACAGGACAAUGAAAAGGCCUUAUUGAUUACCGCAACGUUGAUCAAUCGGUCCCACGACAGAUAACAAGAUGUACAAGUCUUGAGUAACAAAAGGUAUCUUGUAGGAUAUGGACUAUACACAGGUUGAUGAUUUUGUCAUAUUUCAACACCCUAAAGUGAAGCCUAUACAUGGAAUCAGAUUUGUAGGUUGCUCUUGGCAAGUAUACUACCUCUAGACUGUUGUACACACACACACACACACACACACACACACACCUUGUGUAUGAGGUGGGAGACUGAACACACACUCAACCCACAUAUGACUAUUCAAACCAGAUCACCAGUCCAUACCAUGUUAGCAGACCUAUACACAUCACUGCUUAACCAUAGAAUUACACAAGACCUUGUAAAAUCUAUGUGACAAAUUGGGCUGCUGUGCUUUGAUGUUGUCACUGGAAUGUUGUUUUCACACUGGAUUGGCAGCAUGAAGAACCGUGCUUAUGAUGUUGUGUAACGUAGAGGAGCGGGGGGGGGGAACAACAUAAAACCAGUUGGAACAGGAAAAAAUAAAGUUAUUUAUCAGAGGAGCAGAUCUUUUUGAACAAGAUAUAAUAAACUGC